AAUUUUUUGUUUUUUUUAUAGAUGUUUUUAGUUUAGAUAGAAAACAAAAUAAAAUAUAAAAAUGGGAAAUGUUUACACAACAGGGCCUAAUGAGGCCAUGAUUAUUUCAGGAGGAUGUUGUGGGUCUACGUCUAAGAAUACUGUGGUGGGAGGAUGGGCCUGGGCCUGGUGGCUGGUGACAGACGUCCAGAGAUUGUCCCUGGAAGUUAUGACCUUGAACCCUGUGUGUGAGAAUGUAGAAACUGCCCAGGGUGUUCCCCUCACAGUUACAGGGGUAGCACAGGUGAAGAUCAUGAAGAACCCCGACCUGCUCCACACUGCCUCCGAGCAGUUCCUUGGGAAGAAGGAGCACGAAAUCAAAUCUACUGUUCUUCAGACACUAGAGGGUCAUCUUAGAGCCAUCCUAGGAACAUUGACAGUAGAAGAAGUUUACAAAGACAGAGACCAAUUCGCAUCCUUAGUUAGAGAGGUUGCUGCCCCUGAUGUUGGUAGAAUGGGAAUAGAAAUCCUUUCAUUCACGAUUAAAGAUGUUUAUGACAACGUGACCUACUUGGCCUCCCUGGGUAAAGCGCAGACUGCCGCGGUCAAGAGAGAUGCUGAGAUUGGUGUAGCACAGGCGAAUAGAGACGCAGGAAUUAGAGAGGCUGAAUGUGAGAAGGCAGCCAUGGACAUUAAAUAUAGUACAGACACCAAGAUCGAGGACAACAGUAGAGCGUUCAAACUUCAGAAAGCAAAUUUUGACAGCGAGGUUAACACUGCGAAAGCAGAAGCUCAGUUGGCAUAUGAGUUACAAGCUGCCAAGAUUCAACAAAGGAUCAGACAAGAAGAAAUCCAGAUUCAGGUUGUUGAGAGAAGAAAACAGAUUGAGAUCGAAGAUCAGGAGAUCAAGAGAAAGGAGAAGGAACUGAUCGCUACGAUCAAGCUUCCAGCUGAAGCUGAGGGUUAUAAAGUCCAAACUAUUGCUGAAGGAAACAGGACUAAAAUGGUUGAGGCUGCAAGAGCAGAUGGAGAGAAAAUCCGUCUGAUUGGAGCAGCUGAAGCUCGUGCUGUGGAAGCUGUCGGUCGGGCCGAGGCAGAGCGCAUGCGCAUGAAAGCAUCCGCGUACAAGCAGUACGGAGAUGCCGCAAUCCUUGCGCUGGUCCUGGAGGCUCUCCCACAAAUUGCAGCGGAGGUUUCUGCUCCUUUGGCCAAGACGGACGAAAUUGUGUUAAUAGGAGGAGCUGAUCGUACAACAAAUGAGAUUAAUAAAUUGCUGGGAACCCUGCCUCCAGCAGUUCAAGCUCUUACAGGAGUUGAUCUUACCGGGGCUCUCGGCAAGAUUCCCGGCGCUACAAUGGUUAGAAACUAAAACAAACAUUUGAAAAACCCUGAACACUCCCUUGAAACACUAAACUACUUGUGUUCAAAGGCUAAGUAGUCUGUGUGUUCAAGAUCCUGUGUUCAACUAAAUUUGUGUUCUAAUUGGUGAAUGAAUGUGUACAUACUCAAGUUUGGUGAAUGAAUGAUACAUUUUGUUGAAGUCAUGUACAAUGUACAGAAGUGAUGGGCUCCUAACAAGUACAUAUUGUACAUAGCCCGCACCAUGUCCAACUAUCAACGUGUUCUGCAAAAAAUGUUGUUCAACCCUUUCUUUUCUAACGAAAAUCCGGGAAUCCAUAUUUUUGGAAAACCAAUACAGAUUCAAGACUACUCAUUUCCGGAAGCUUAAAUCGCCAUUAGAGAACUUGUGUCUUAUCACACUAGUUUAAGCUCUGAUCUCAACUGAAAGUCAAGAUCAAAAGUAAGCUUUGAUCUCAAUCUGAAGUCGGGCUAAAAAAUAGGCUUUGAUCUCACUCUAAAGUCAAGAUCAAAAUAAGCUUUGAUCUCACUCUGAAGUUAAGAUCAAAAAUAAGCUCUGAUCUCAGUCUUAAGUUAAGAUCAAUAAUAAGCUUUGAUCUCACUCUGAAGUCAAGAUCAAAAAAAAAACCUCUGAUCUCACUCAGAAGUCAAGAUCGGAAGUAAGUUUAGAUCUCACUUUAAAGUCAGGAUCAAAAAUAAGCUCUGAUCUCAGUCUGAAGUCAAGAUCAAAAAUAAUCGUGGAAAUCCGCUUUUUGAACUCCUGUGGUUAUUCUAAUAAACAAAAUAUAACUUUAAUGUCACUCAAACUAAUUCUGUUAAAUUUAAUAUCUUGAAAAUAAACAGCUUUCUCAUCGA